AGCAUGCCGUGGGCGCCUCCCGGCGGAGGUCGCCGUCACGUGAGCAGGGGACAGGGGACAGGAACGGUAUUUAGCGGCUGCGGCCGUGGGGUGUAGCCCAGUGUUGUGGAGCAGGAAGAACACUCGAAGGCUCCCCGCACAUUUGACAGUCGACGGUUUAAAACACCUGGAAUUUGUAAGUAAACAAAAUGCAUAUUCAACUUUUCUAUGUUUUAAUAUUUGAACGGAUACCUUCUCCUUUCAAACGCUCUUUGAGAAACGAUCCCUCCCCACCCCCACCACCCUACCGCAAAAACAUUAAACGGGGUAGGAUGGGGGUAUAUUUUUGUUUUAUAGUAAAAAAGGAUAAACAGAAUUUUAAAAGUACUAAAUAGGAUAAGGUGAGUGUAUUUUUCUUUUUUUGGAGAGUAAAAUGAGAAGCAGAAUUCUUAUAAGAUUCAAAGAGUAAAUGGGAAAUACGAAUACUAGUGCAGGUAGUGAGUAAUCUCUUUACCUCCUUGAAAAAAGUGACAUGUACCUCACAAGAUCCCAUCGUUCAUCUUAAUCCUUUUAAAAUAGUUAACUUUUUUUUGUUUUUAAAGCCUUUAAAGAAAAAAACCAAAAGAAGCAAACUGGUUGACAUUGAGUUGAUUCUAACUCAUGGCAACCCUGUAUGUGUAGAGUUGUACUCCAUAUGGCUUUCAAGGUUAUGACCUUUCAGAAGUAGAUAACAGGCCUGUCUUCUGAGGCCUCUGGGUGGGUUCAAACCGCUAUGCUUUCUAUUAGUAGUUGACGGCUUACCUCUUUUUACCAUCCAGGGACUCCUUUUAAAGCCUUAAUGGUGCUAAGAAGCACAAAGUUUGAAGUUUUAGGAAGACCCUACAAUUGACUUUUUCCUUAAAACCAAAAAACCAAACGCAUUGCCGGCGAGCCCAUUCUGACCAAUAGCCACCCUAUAGGACAGAGUAGAACUGCCCCAUAGGGUUUCCAAGAAGCAGCUGGUAGUUUUGAACUGCCGACCUGUAGCUCUUCACCGCUGCUCCACCAGGGCUCAUUUACUUACGUACUACAUAUUUAAAAAAAAAAAAAUUGUUAUGGAAUCAAUUCCGACUCAAUAGCGAUCCAGUGGGUUAGACUAGAACUGCCACAUAGCGUUUCCAAGGCUGUAAUCUUUACUGGAGCAGACUGCCACGUCUUUCUCCCUCGGAUCCACUCCCGGAUUCCAACCGCUGACCUUUCAGUUAGCAGCGGAGCACUUAACUACUGUGCCACCAGGGCUCCCAUUUUUUAUAUAUGAACCCUACUUUCUAUUGUAUUUCAUACCCAAUGAAAAAGUUUACACCUUUUUCUUCUUUCAACAAAGCCUGUAGUCCUCCAUACUUUGGCACUAUCCACUUUGUCAGCAGUACUUGUUAGACUUUAUACUGUUACACUCACAUGGAUAUGAGUUCACUCUGAUUGAACAUACUGGCUUUGUUUCACUUUUAUCUAUCCUUAGGUUUAAGAACAGUUAUUUUGGGUCUAUAUGAGAGAUGUUUUCCUUGUCUGUUUUUUAAGAAUUAGAAACAUGGCAAUUAUCCAUAUUUAUCUGUUUUAUUUUAUUUUAUAGCACGUGAUUAGUAUAUAAACGGCCAGUGGAAAAUCAAUUUAAUAGAAAAAGGAACUUCAUGUUAAAGAGAAAAUAAUUAAGAUGAUCAUUGACGUAUCCUGUAUGUCCUUCCUGAUCCCAUCCCUUUCCCUCUCCCAUCAAAGGUGUGUGAAGCAUACCCAGACUCUCCAGCCAACUCACCAUCAGCUACUUCCUGUGACUGGGUCCUGAUUAAGGUCCUCUCAAGAAAAACGUCAUUGGAUCCACGCUCAAGAGGACUCUCUCUACCAGGUUUUCCUGACCUGCCUACAUUGCUAAAGUGCCAGCACCUUGAGAUUUGGGUACGUGUAUUACAACGGCAGGAGUGCCAGCACCAACAAAAGACCCAUUGGACCUGUCAGUUCCUCUGUUUCACCAAGUAGAUAUAUUAACCUUACCGACAAAGCAGAGUAAGCCAAGUGCCUCUGUGUGACACCACCACCAACUGAUAACGUGCAACAAAAACUAAUUCAUACUAGAGCCCUGUCUUUUCUUGAGAAGCUGAGAUUUGAAGGAGAUACUCUGAGAUCUGUGCUGCUAUCACUGUAUACAUGACUUAUUUCCUGGGUCCACUGGAAGCAUGAACCUAUUGGGACCUGGGACAAGAAGGAAGCAAGACAUCUUCACAAGGAACACCAGAUACUAACGAAAAGUGUCCCAAGCUUUGAAGGAGCUAGAACACAAACAUGACCGACAUUGGACUUAGUGAUCCUCAAGAGGAUUCUCAAAAGGAUUUGGAAAAUGUCCCAUCAGUGAGUUCUCAGGCACAGGAGACCACAGUCACAGCAAGGGGCACCAGAGAAGCUCAGACCCCAUACUCUGCCUCUGGUCUUAACCAAAGGGUAGAGGUAAUAGGUCCAGGAAGUGCAGAUACGGGCGAUGAACCAGAAAGUCCAGAUGAAACAACUGGUCAGAAAUAUCCAAAGGAAGAAACAGAACAUGAGAGCAACCGGAGUUCUCAGGAUGGAGAAGAAGGGCAUCACUUCCAUCCAGGAAGUGCGGGUGCAGAAGCCUCGGAUCCAGAUCCUGACUGUUCUCCAAGUGACAGGGGAGCAAGGGUAGAUGCACACUUCAGGAGCCACUCUGCACGCCCCUCUGAGGAACCGAGAGUCAGAACCACAGCUUCCCAGGAGCCACCUGCCCCAGACUUCCAGAAUGCCCAGAGUCCGGGUCAUUUCAUCACGGGGCUGGAGAGUCAGGACACACUGAGGAGGCGGCUGGGGGCACCAGAUUCUCAAGAGGAUUUGGAAAAUGUCCCAUCAGUGAGUUCUCAGGCACAGGAGACCACAGUCACAGCAAGGGGCACCAGAGAAGCUCAGACCCCGAACUCUGUGUCUGGUCUUAACCAAAGGGUAGAGGUAAUAGGUCCAGGAAGUGCAGAUACGGGCGAUGAACCAGAAAGUCCAGAUGAAACAACUGGUCAGAAAUAUCCAAAGGAAGAAACAGUACAUAAGAGCAGCCGGGGUUCUCAGGAUGGAGAAGAAGGGCAUCACUUCCAUCCAGGAAGUGUGAGUGCAGAAGCCUCGGAUCCAGAUCCUGACCGUUCUCCAAGUGACGGGGGAGAAAGGGCAGAUGCACACUUCAGGAGCCACUCUGCAGCCCACCCUGAGGAACUGAGAGUCAGAACCACAGCUUCCCAGGAGCCACCUGCCCCAGACUUCCAGAAUGCCCAGAGUCCGGGUCAUUUCAUCACGGGGCUGGAGAGUCAGGACACACUGAGGAGGCGGCUGGGGGCACCAGAGGCUGGAAGUCAUCUGCAAGAAGCACAAAAAUUGAAAGGCAACAAAGAGAAGGCACAGGACAGCAGAAGAAAGAUACUAAGCUAUUUGGGGCUCCACGGAUACAUCGUUUUUGCCCUCCUGGCCAUAGGUCUGUGUAUUUUUUUGCUACGUCCUAUUACUCGCGACUAUUUUUCUCAAGCCCAGCAAGUGCCCAAAAAUCCAGCUUUGGAGGCCUUCCUGGCUGAGUUCACCCGAUUGAAGGAUAAAUUUCCAGGCCAGAGCCCCUUCCUGUGGCAGAGAGGGCGUAAGUUUCUGCAGAAGCACCUCAAUGUUUCUGACCCCACGGAGCCGGCCACCAUCAUAUUUACAGCAGCUCGAGAGGGAAGAGAGACCCUGAAGUGCCUGAGCUACCACAUUGCAGAUGCCUACACCUCUUCCCGGAAAGUCUCUGCCAUUCAGAUAGAUGGGGCUACAAGAUCCUCACAGGACAGUGACACGGUCAAGCUGUGGGUCGACGUGGAGCUGAGCUCUGGAUUUGAGAACGGCCGGAAGGCUGCUGUGGUGCACCGCUUUGAAUCCCUUCCUGCUGGCUCUACCUUGAUCUUCUACAAGUAUUGUGACCAUGAGAAUGCAGCCUUUAAAGAUGUGGCCCUGGUCCUGACCGUCCUACUAGAGGAAGAAACAUUGGAAGCAAGUGUGGGCCCAAGGGAAACUGAAGAAAAAGUGAGAGAUUUGCUCUGGGCCAGGUUUACCAACUCUAACGCUCCCAACUCCUUCAACCGCAUGGACUCAGACAAAUUGAGUGGGCUGUGGAGCCGUAUUUCACACCUGGUACUGCCUGUCCAGCCAGUGAGGAGCAUAGAAGAGCAGGGGUGCCUUUUAGAAAGCUAAGCACAGAGUUGAUUAUAGAAGGCAUAGAUUUUUGAAAAAGUCAGUUUCAAGUCCUUCCCAUUUAUGUGGACAGUGGUUGAUAAAUGCUAGGAAAUAGCCAGAAAAACACAAGUGAGCUUAUUUUAGAAAAAAAAACUUCAUUUUUUUACUUUUCAUAAGAUUUUUGUAAUCAAAGUGUGUCAAAGCUAAAAAUUGACCUGAUUUUUUCCCUCCCUUUCAGCAUGGCAUACAUAAUUGAGGGUUUUUUUUUUUAAUCCCGAAAUACAGCAACCAAGUAUUUGCACAGGAAGAUAUUCUUGCUUCCCAGAGUAACUACAGAGUGAUUUUUAUUUUCUUGAAUGAGACUGUAACGAACCUUUUUGAUAGUGUUUGGACCGUGAAUAAAGCAAUUACAGUUAUGAAGCAAUGAUAAUAUUUAGAAAAAAAAUUAUCACAUGUUGAAUAUUUUUAAAAAACUCACUUUAAUAACCUCGUUAUGGGAUUACAUUGUAGACUAGCACUUUUGAGUAGUAUGAAAAAAGAAUAUAUGAAUCAAACCAUCUAUUACUUACCUAAAUACUUCCUGUCAGACACUAUGCCUUUAAUCCGUUAAUGAGCUGAAGUAAAAGCAGCUAUACUCAAGAAGUGUUUUUUUAAAUGGGGAAACUGUUUAUGAUCGUUGGAAAUGAGGAAAUUCCAACUGGCUCUAUCUUUACCUCAGCUUUCUUGAGUGAUUCAGACCUGUGAUUUCAGACCACCUGCACCCGCUCCCCUUUGAAUGAGAACAGUUCAGCUUUUGAUUAUUUUAUAUAUUGGGUCCUCCAUAAGAUUUAAUUGUAACAAAGAGUUCCACUGAUAUUGAGGUUUGAAAACCACUGAUUAAGUGCAAAAAGCAUCUUAGAAGAUUAGGAAACAGGUGGAAACAAAUGCAUUUAGACUUAGAGUAGGAACAGUGAGGGUGGAGUAGAUUUGUUAUGUAGAAGCACUGCUUCUGAAAGCACUACAAAUGAACGGCAGAAUGCACAGACUCGUGUUUACUAGCAGGUCUCUGACGCUAUCGUUAAUUUCUCUUAAUCACCGUCUCUGUCUCCCUGAAUGGAAUUUUAUAGUUGUCUAGGAUGAGAGUUUGAGUGCCCUUUAAGCAGAAUGUAUUUUAAUAACCAAUCUAAUACUAGGUCUUCUAUUUUAUAUGGGCACAUUGGCAUAACUUUACAAAACCUUAUUUGCUCUGCAGUGAUGGAACAUUGUAUAAUGCGGCUCAUUUCUUGGCCAGUACUACUACUAGGUUAAGAAUUAAAGAAAUACAAGAGAUGUUAUAUGCACUGAGAGGAAACAGAAUGGUAGGUAGAUUCUCUGAGGUAUUAGUGGCCAAUAUUAAUGGUUGGGCCAUAUUCUGUGAUUGUAAGAAAGAUUGAAAACAGGAUUUAUAGAGACAGCAGUUGAUUUGCAUUUGAGCUCUGAAAGCAGAAGUCUAGCAUAGUGACUGAUCCUCACCUAAUGUUCUAUUCCGUUAUGUAGCAUUUUAAGGAACUUUCCUAGAUCCUGGAAUGUUUCCACUGGGCUUUGGCCUCUUCUGCUUAUCUGAGAGAAUGUGUGUGUAUGUAUAUAUAUGUAUGCUAACCCACCAGCUGCUCCAUGGGAAAAAGAUGUGGCGGUCUGCUUCCUUAAAGGUUACAGCCUAGGAAACUCUAUGGGGCAGCUCUACUCGGAAACAGUUGCUAUCGAGUCGACUCUGACUCCUGUGUAAGUCAGAGUAGAACUGUGCCCCGUAAGGUUUUCAAAUGGCUGACUUUUCAGGAGUAGAUCACCAGACCUAGAGUUGCUAUGAGUCGAAAUCGACUGGACAGCACGCAACAAUAACAAAAAAUAGAUCUAUAUUUAAGAACCCAUGCAAAGUCAUUAAAGUAUGGAAGGGUUUUAGGAAACACUAAGAACGCAGGGAUCUUUAUUGAUACCUAAAAAAGAGAUCACAAAGACGUGGGGGAAGAAUCUUACUGGAAAUACCUGCCACAGGAAGAACACAUAAAUCUAACCAGCGCCUUAAGUUGUGCUCAUUUGAGCAUGAGGGCAUAUCUAAAGGAACAAUUUGCAUUUGGAAUUUUGUAAAGGGAUCUUCAGAUAGAGUUGAGAAAAGCCCUAAACAAAGGUUAAAAGGUAGCAAAUAUAAUAUUAAUGUCAAUUCAAAACAAGAUCGGAGAAAAUGGAAGAAAAAUCUAUAUACCAUAUUCAAAAAUUAUUUUUCCUGUAUUUCUAGAUCAUAGGUACUAGAAUUAUGUCACACAAAACCAGUGGUGCCUUAUAGGACUGAAAAGAUGGCCUACUGACCUGUGCUACCUCAGAUCUACAAAGGAACCAGUGUGAAGGGUACAUAUCUAACCUCUGUCAGCGACUCAGAUUACAGUUGAUAUAAAGGUUCUUGUUUCUUCACUCAGUUGAAUAUAGCUUUCAUUAUUUCCUUUCAAUGUAAUUUAGAAAAAGAAACCCCCAAAAGUCACAACUUUUUUAUGUACCGUUUGUUAAUAACAUUUUUCCUUCCAUGUAUAAGUGCGAUCAACUAGUUGUCCACUGUUUCAAAAAUCAUUUUUAGAAGAAGCAAUAUAUUAGAGCACUCUGGGUCUUCUCAUGAAUAAAAUGAUUACUUUUAAAGCACAAAACAAUAUAUUUUUUAAAUGUACAAAUAAUUAAAAUCUAUUAUCUGGUGUACUUCCUUAGGUUAUUUUCUGUUUGCUUAUUUAUACUUUCUACAUUUUCAAGUUUUCAAAUUUCCUUGUGUAUAUCUUUCAUUACUACAAUAGACAAUUUGCUUACUUGCCUUAGAAAAGUAGUUCGUGGGCAUAUGAUACCCACAUGAUACCUAAACAUUACCUUUUAAUUAUUACGGAACAACUUUCUUUACAUAAUAUAUUAAUAUAAAUCACUUCUUGAAUAAUAUCAGAGUUGUAGAAACAACUGGUAGAAUAAAAAACAGCCUCUAGACUGGAGAUUUUUAUUCCCUAAGGGUAAAUUUUAAGUUUCUCAUUUAUUUUCCAGGGGUUGGCAGAGGUAUUCCAGGGGGUUCAUAUCACUACCAGUAGUAAUGCUAUUUGUUUUUAUUUCUGUUUUUUGAACAAAUAAAUAAUUUGAGAGCCUCCAAACUUAUGCAGGGUGGUUAGGAGGCUCAACAUGCGUAUGAGUCAUUAUUCUCUGUUAAUCACUCAGUUGAACAGCGCUAGCCACUGAGCUGAUCUUGACCUUUUACACAGUUUCACAUUGUUUGAGAUAUAUUUUUAUCUGUUAAAGACAGAAGCAUAAUGAGCAUUGAUGUUGAAAUGUAACAAAUACAACAUAUGAAAGUGAUGCUAAUUCAGCAAGAUGAUCUUCACCAGUACUUUUAAAUUGCAUGUAUCUGACCACAAUUCUUAUGUAGCCUAUAAAGGUCUCUAGCACUUCCAAAACUAAUGGUAAAUAAAAAAUACAAUUAUUAUAUCCAGUUAGGAUUUUCACUGAGUGGGAAUAAAGCCUCUGUCCAUACACACAGUUUAUUUGUGGAGAAGUACUUUCUAAUAGCAACACAGAAUAUUUGCUAUUUGAAAAUAAAACAUAACAAUUGUAAAAAUAAGCCAGUUUAUCUUCGUAAAGCCCUCGCUCAACAUAUCAUUUUAUAAUGUCUUAUAAUUUUAUAAUCAUUCUAUAAUUUAUCUGUUUUUCAAGUUGAACAUAUAGUUAAAUUUCAAUCUUCAUUUCAUGCUUUGUUCACCAAUCUGAGCAUAAUGUAUUUUAAAAUUUGUAUGUUGAAAAGUCACGGUUGGUUUUGCUUUUUUGCAAAAUUAAAAUACCUUGAACACUG